AUGAGCAACGACGCAGCUGAAAUGGACCACGGACCGGGUCUACCCACGCCGUCUACCCACAGCGACGACCGGGAAAAGGGCCAGAUGCUCAGGGUCAAGCCCCAGGGCGAGAGCGGUCGCAGCGGCGUGCAUCCGUGGCAUUUUAUUCGCAUCUCCUUCAAGUCUGCCUGCAAGGCCAGUACCCUAUGCAGCGUACUCUGGCCUGUCGUCCCCGCGGCGCUGGCUGUGCGUUAUGCCCUGAGCAAUCACCACAUACUGAUAUUCGUCCUUUCCUACAUUGCCAUUGUUCCCUGUGCCAGUCUCAUCGGCUUCGCCAGCCAGGAGUUUGCCCGCAAGGUGCCACAUGUCGCGGGCAUCAUCGUCGACGCGACAUGCGGCUCUGUCGUUGAACUCGUCUUGUUUCUCGUCUUUCUGCAGAGCGACAACCCAAACAACUUUUACAUCAUCAAGGCAGCCAUCAUGGGCUCCAUAUUGGCAACUAUGCUGCUAUGUCUAGGCGUCGUCUUCCUUGCCGGUGGCCUAAAGCGCGAGGAACAGACAUUCAGUGACGCCAUUAGCGAAGCUGGCAGCGGUCUCCUGCUCAUGGCUGGCGUCGUUCUCUCUGUCCCAACCGUGUUCCGACAAGGCCUGGCCGGCAUGGGCAUCCCCACGGAUCAGCUCGAGUCGGCCACCCUCCACAUUUCGCAUAUCAUCUCCGUGCUCCUCAUCAUCGCCUACCUCAUCUACACCUACUUCCAGGCCCGUACACAUCACGGCAUCUACGACGCUAUCUUCGAAGACGACGAGCAACGCGAGGCCUCUUCCCGCCGCAAGCCCAACGCCGAGGACAUGCUUACCAUGACGGAGUGCCUCAUCGCGCUGGCCAUCUCCAUCUCCCUCGUCACUCUCCUCACCAUCGGUCUCGUCGGUCAGAUUGAGCACGUCAUUGAGGAUACGCACGUCUCGGAUGCUUUCAUGGGCCUCAUUCUCGUCCCGCUUGUAGAAAAGUUUGCCGAGCAUAUCACGGCAGUAGACGAAGCCCGAGGCGAUCGGAUGAACUUUGCCCUGUCUCACGUUCUCGGCUCCACGUUGCAGACGGCACUUUUUACCGCACCCCUCACGGUCGUCGUCGGCUGGGCGCUACAAAAACCCAUGGAUCUCAUUUUUGACAUCUUUCCUGUCGUCAUGCUCAUCCUCUCCAUCUUGACCGUCGGCAAGGUCCUGCAGGAUCAGAAGAGCAACUACCUCGAGGGUAUGCUCCUACUCAUCUUGUACCUCUCCAUUGCUGUGUCGGCGUUCUACUACCCCUUUACCGGUCCUGUUCAUGGGAAGGCCGGCGGCGAAGCCGGCGGCGAGCCUCAUCGGGCAUAG